UGCAUUUGCGAGCUCUGUUAACACUAUUUACAUGUAUUUCGUCAUUCGCGCCAAGUUUUCAAGACUCCUGAUCCAAGAAAGUAUGAAGCGCACCAGGACAAAGGAAACUCAGCCCCAGCCGCAAAAGAAGCUUAAAAAGGAGAAGGAAACCGAAUCAGAAUCCGAAUCCAGUAGUAACAAUGAGGAAGAAGUUCCUUCUACCAGUUCAAAAAAAUCCGUGGUGCACACUAGCUUUCAGGAAUUCCUUACACACCUUCAGCAUCAACGUUUGGCCACUGCCUCAAAUAUUCAGGAAUUCUCUUUCAAGAAGAAACGCGUUCGCAUCUUGUCCAAAGUCAUUGACGUAAGGGAAGGAUGUCGUGGAGGGGUUGUCUAUUGGAUGUCAAGAGAUGGUCGUAUUCAAGACAAUUGGGCAUUGCUAUUUGCCCAGCGUCUGGCCUUAAAACUGGAUCUGCCUUUGGCUGUGGUCUUUUGCCUGGUGCCAAAGUUUCUAAAUGCCACUUUGAGACACUAUAAAUUCAUGUUGGGUGGCCUCAAAGAAGUGGAGAAGGAGUGCCGAGAUCUGAAUAUUGGUUUUCAUUUACUACUAGGUCCAGCUCGUGAGGAGUUACCAAAAUUUGUACGUGAUAAUGACAUUGGGGCGGUGAUUUGUGACUUUGCUCCACUGCGCGUACCACGCCAGUGGGUAGAGGAUGUAACCAAGGGAUUGCCCAAAGAUGUUCCCUUCACCCAAGUCGAUGCCCACAAUAUAGUUCCACUUUGGGUGGCGUCAGAUAAACAGGAAUAUGCCGCUAGAACCAUACGAAAUAAGAUCAAUUCAAAGUUGGGUGAAUAUCUUACCGAGUUUCCUGUAGUAGCAAAACAUCCCCAUGGCAAGAGCAGUGCGAAAAUUAAUUGGACAUCUGCAUAUGAGAUGCUCGAGUGUGACAAAUCUGUAGAUGAAGUGGAGUGGGCUCAGCCUGGUUAUAAUGCUGCUUGUCGUCAGCUUUAUGAAUUUUGUACCCGCAGAUUAGGUAAAUUCCAUAACCAGCGCAACAAUCCUACUGCAGAUGCCUUGUCCGGACUCUCGCCUUGGCUGCACUUUGGCCAAAUCUCUGCCCAGCGUUGCGUCUUGGAGGUAAAACGUUAUGCUAAACAACACAAGGCAUCUACCGAAGCCUUUUGCGAGGAGACCAUUGUGCGUCGUGAGUUGGCAGAUAAUUUUUGCUACUACAACGAGAACUAUGACAGCUUAAAGGGAGUGACCAGUUGGGCGUAUCAAUCCCUAGACGCUCAUCGUAAAGAUCCGCGUGAUCCCUGCUAUAAGCUUGAGGAUUUGGAAACGGCGCGAACUUACGAUGAUUUGUGGAAUUCGGCACAACUUCAAUUGGUCAAAGAGGGCAAAAUGCAUGGAUUUCUUCGCAUGUACUGGGGCAAGAAGAUAUUGGAGUGGACAGAGUCACCAGAACAGGCCUUGGAGUGGACAAUUUUGCUCAACGACAAAUAUAGUUUAGAUGGCCGCGAUCCCAAUGGUUAUGUUGGUUGUAUGUGGUCAAUUGGAGGCAUUCAUGAUACCGCUUGGAAAGAACGUCCCAUAUUUGGCAAAGUUCGCUACAUGAACUAUCAGGGUUGCAAGAGAAAAUUCGAUGUCAAUGCAUUUGUUGCGCGCUAUGGAGGCAAGGUAUAUCCGAAAAAGGACAAAAAAUAAAAUGCAAGUGAAGCAAAUCAAAUCCCUAAA